UGUUUCCUGUCUGAGUCGGCCUCAACCACGCCUUUCCCCAAAGACCUGGAGCCAAUCAGCAUGGUCAGCUCAGAGCGCUUUAUUGGCGUGUGCUCAGCUGCUGUGGUCCUGUGACACUACAUCAGGUUUGAUGGUGGAAGAAGAGUCCUGUCAGUAUCCAAGUUUUCAAGGUUUGCUUCAGGACAACGACACGCUGCGUCUGGGUCUGGACUUUCAGAGGAUGUUGCGCAUCAACCACAUGUUGUACAUUGCUGCCAGGGAUCACGUGUUUGCAGUGAACCUGUCGACUGCUUCAGAGGAGUUUGUCCCUCAGCUGAAGCUGACAUGGAAGUCCAGAGAUGUCAGCAAGUGUACGGUCAGAGGGAAGAACAGCGAUGAGUGUUACAACUAUGUUAAAGUCCUGGUUCCCAGAAACGAUGAGACCCUUUUUGCCUGCGGAACCAACGCUUUCAACCCCACCUGCCGAAACUACAAGAUGACUUCUCUGGAGCAGGUCGGAGAGGAGGUGGUGGGCCAGGCUCGCUGUCCUUUUGAAUCCAGUCAGUCCAACGUCGGCCUGUUUGCUGGUGGAGAUUUCUACUCGGCUACCAUGACUGACUUCCUGGCCAGCGAUGCCGUCAUCUACAGAAGUCUGGGAGAAGGCCGACCCGUCCUCAGGACCGUCAAGUAUGACUCCAAGUGGCUCAGAGAGCCUCACUUCCUGCACGCCAUUGACUACGGCAACUACGUCUACUUCUUCCUCAGUGAGAUUGCAGUGGAGUACACCACCCUGGGCAAGGUGGUGUUUUCCAGGGUCGCCCGUGUGUGUAAGAAUGAUAACGGGGGAUCUCCCAGGGUUCUGGAGAGAUACUGGACCUCUUUCCUCAAGGCCCGACUGAACUGCUCCGUUUCUGGAGACUCCUUCUUCUACUUCGAUGUCCUUCAGUCUCUCACCAACGUGCUGCAGAUCAACCAGAGACCUGCUGUGGUGGGAGUCUUCACUACCCAGGCCAACAGUAUCCCCGGCUCUGCGGUCUGUGCCUUCUACAUGGACGACAUAGAGAAAGUGUUUAAUGGGAAGUUCAAGGAGCAGCGGACCGGUGACUCAUCCUGGACUCCGGUACCUGACGAGCAGGUUCCCAGACCGAGGCCUGGUAUGUGUGCAGGUGACGGUCCUGCUGCAGACUUCAAGUCGUCGGUUCAAUUUCCAGAUGAGAUGCUGACCUUCAUCAAGUCGUAUCCUCUGAUGGACGAAGCUGUUCCCUCAGUCAACGACCGGCCCUGUUUCACCAGGACCUCCAGCAGGUCCAAACUGACCCAGAUUGUGGUGGACGUUUCGGCUGGUCCCUACAAAGACCGGACGGUGAUGUUCCUGGGCUCAGAUGAUGGACGGGUCCUGAAAGUUUUGGCCAGCACACAUCCCAACGACAGCUUUGGAUCAAAACUGCUGGAGGACAUAGAUGUUUACAACCCCUCCAAGUGUAAUGUCCAGGGUCAGGAGGACAAGACGGUUCUCGGGCUGGAGCUGGAUAAGGACCAUCAUGCUCUGUUCGUAGCCUUCACCGGCUGUGUCAUCAGAGUGCCGCUCAGCCGCUGCACCCAGCACGGAGCCUGUAGAAAAUCCUGCCUGGCGUCUCGUGACCCAUACUGCAUCUGGCUGCGGACCGGGAGUUGUGCCAACAUGGCGCCAGGCUUCAAGGCGGGGUUCGAGCAGGACAUCGAGGGCGAUCACUCACUCCACUCAGACAGCUGCCACGCCGACGUGUUGGCAACGACGCGGAAUCAGGAGUCUGCAGCGGACUCCGCCUAUGGUGUCCGUCGUCUUCCAGAGAUGGACCAGCGUGCCAAUGCUAACGUUCACUACACCCUGCUCAUCGCCUGCGUGCUGGUGGCCUUCUUUCUGGGCGCCAUCUUGUCCGGCUUCCUGGUGUCAUGUUACUGCAGCCACAGCGCCGCUCACCGGGCAAGGAGGCUAGGCAAAGACCCCGAGGCAUCGCUGCCCCACGCCCUGUCGCUGCGGUCCCUCGCCAAGCUCAACGGUCUGCUGGACGGACAGCCCAAGGAGGACAAACUGGACGUGUCCACUCCGAAGAUGUACAGCUCCUUUAUGCCCAACGGUCGUUCAGAGCCUCACCUCCACACGCCCAGACACCAGGCCCUGCCCCUGGGAGACCCCGAGCUCAGCCUCUCACAGUCUCUGUCUCAGGGUGAUGGAGAGCUGUCUGGCUUGCCCACACCAGACUCCACCCCGGAGCUCCCCAUCAAGAACAUGAAGGCCCUGCGGCAUCACCAGUAUGAGAAGAACCAGAACUGCAACAACGCCAAGGACAAUGCCAAUGCCAAGCCUGGCCCCAGCUGCUCUGGGUCCAGUCUGGGCUUCAUGGCAGUUGUUGGGAACUCGGUGACCCAGCAGGCCUUUCCCUUGUCUCAUCACCAUGGCAACAGUUUGAGCAAUGGAGCGGCACACGGAGCGGGCGCUUCUUCGACUUCACUGCAGCUCCCUGAGGAGAGGGAGAUCUCACAUGAUGAGCGUGCAGCAGCAGCAGGUGGAGGAGCUGGAGGUGGGGCAGUCCCACAUCACCACCACUCCCAGCAGUCUCUCCCCCAGACGGUAGUGGACGUGUCGGCACUGGAUGAGCUGCUGAAACACAUCCAUGAGGUCAGCGCGUCGGGCACCGGAGGCAUCAAGGUCCUCACCUCCACCUCCUCGUCCUCCCUGUUCUCUAGGCCAUCCACUUCUGGAGGCCAUCAUCACCACCACCAUCACAGUCACCAUAGCCAGACGCGCACCCAUCACUACAACCACAGUGAUCACCAUAGAGACCACAGCAGCGGCAGCGGUCACCAUCUCCAGAUCCCCGAAACAGAAUCGGCUCCGUACUACAGCACCUCAACACUGCCCAGGGAUGGGCUCCCCAAACGCCUGGACGCACCUCCUCCACACUCCUCCUCAUCCUCCUCUUCUUCAUCUUCAUCCUCCAACAACCCCACCUCCUCCACCUCUGUCCCUUCCUCCUCCUCUUCCUCAUCCUCCACUCCACUCCAGCAGCAGGUGAUUCCAGAGAGACCUGGAGUAAGCGGCAUCCCGGUGACACGCCACCACUCCCAGCGCCACUCUCUCAUCAAGAUGGGCAGUGGGGGCGGCGCUGUGCCGCGCCACCACAGCUUCAAUCAACGGGGAGCACAGCACUCGCACUUUCUGGCCAGGAUGAACACCAACAGCAGCAGCAAUGGGCCCCCAAGCAUGAACGUGAACCCCAGCGCCAGUGGAGAGAGCCAGCAGCUGUCGAUCGCCAGCGCUUGCCUGACGCGGCAGCACAGUUACAGUGAAGGGCCAAACGUGCAGCAAACAGUAAAUGUCCGGAGAACGGCGUCACUCAAACCCCAGGUCCCACCAAAACCGCUGUUCCUGCCUAAUACAGCAACAUCAUCAGUAGCAGAGGCAGGAAAAUACAACUAGAGAAACGGGAGGGGGAGGAGGCGCCACCCCAACGUGACUGCUACAGCCCUGCCUGAGGGAAGCACUCCGAACUGCCUGCAGGGCUUGUGAGAAAUGCCAAAAUGAGAGCAGUGACAGGACUGAAAGACACAAAAGAGACUGGAGAGCUUUCUGUCCCCAUCUCUCGUCAUUACAACCCUUCAGUUGUGGUUCUUUUCCUGCUGCUGAGUCACAGUCGCUCACUGUAGCUGCUUCGCUCACAGCACUGCCCUGAACAGACACACUGAGGAUCGACCGAUUUUUCUUUUCACGGUCGGUGCUGCUUGUGGCGACUAUCCCCUCACGAGUCUGACAAACAUUCCAUAAGGCGAGGGAUGCUAACCAACCCAAAGGGGUCCCCACGGCUUGAGGUGGCCUGAAAAAGUCUCUGUGAAUGCAGAUUUCUUAUGAGCACUUUCAUCUAAUGUCCUUGUUGUUGCAGCCUGGCACAGGGCCUGGAUUUCAUUUUCAAAACUUCACAAAAGCAGGGAUUGGGCUGCUGCAGAGCUGAUGGGAGCUGAAACUGGGACUGUUGGGCAAUCAACCAAUGGAAUUUCCCUCCACAGGGGAAAUCAAACAAAAAUCACAUUAGGUCAAAAAUGCCCAGAUGGUAAUUCCUCCCUCUGCUUUGGAGAAAACUGGAGGGAGGGUUCACUCUCCUUUUCCAUGAAAAAAAUGAGCCCUGAGGAGGAGACCAAACUGCAGUGAGACGGGAUGUUUUUACACAACACGUUGUGCUUCAUGAGCUGUGGGAUCAGAUCUAAACAGUGAAACCCAGCAGCCACAGAGCUUUCUCUCUCUGGGCCCUGACAGUGCACACAAACCAGAUAAAUGUUCUUUUUGGUACCACGCUGGUAUCUGGAAAACAAGCUAAGCGUUAAUGGAGCGCAGCAGGUGAUCAGGGGAAGCAUUCUGAUAAAUUAUUCCCCCAAAUUACCAAUUCAUGCUCUCAAUACACUUAAUACUCAUUCAAUCUAGUAAUUUGUGUUAAAAUGACUUAAUUGAUUCUCUUGAAUUAAUAAUUGCCCUCAAAUGACUUAAUUUGCCCCCUGCUUUCUGUCGUUAUCUGUGAAACACUCAGAAAUCCAGGAGCUGAAUUCUGAUGAACUGGGUGACAUCUGCAGGAGCUAGAAAGAUGAUUUAUCAGAACCAUUUCCCCAUCACUUGCUGAGAGGCUGUAGCAGUACGACAGGUGACCCUGUCAAAACAGAGGAGGCAGUGGAUGCAGUGAAAACACGUUGGUUCACUUAACUUAAAGGAAGGCACCUGGCAUCAGUGCAGUGGUCCCCCCCCAUUCAUUUCCACUGUUUUUACUGGACUCUUUACCUAGGGAAACAGUUUCAUUAACUGUAACUUUACACUGCUUUUUCAAAUGCAUCAAAAGGAUUGUUGUAGUUUGGCUUUACAGCACCAGUGUGUUAGCAUGCUAGCACUUGCUAACUGGCACUAAACUACAACUGUGAAUGAUGGGAAUGUUUUUAAUUUCACAAGUAUUCAGUAAACCAGAUGCCCAUAAAGUGAAUUAUUGUACCGACUGUCACGGCAACUCAGGGGCUGAGUUAAUGCUGUAACAAUUAGCCGAUUAAAUGAUGGGCUUUUUUGCAGCUACUUUGGUAAUCGAUUAUUAAAUGGAGUCAUUUAUAAAGCUAAACACUACGCAUUUGUUUCCAUUCAGUCAAUUUAAUGGUUUUCUGUGUUGUAUUUUGUUUGACCAGUAUGACCAGUUACAAAGGCAGGUUAUUCUGGACUGUAUAUUUACCAUUAAACUGAUUGUUUACACCUGCUACUCCAGUGUUAGUAAUUUGGUAAAGUCUAGUAACAGACACUGGUGGGCAGGCGAAACAAGUCCCUGUGACGGGACAUUGUGGUUUAAAACCGCUGGGGAACCACUGCUCCUGUCUAGCCGUGCAGAGAUCUCUGGUUUUAUCUGCCCUGGGUUUGAUGUGAACACACGUUAGUUUGACUGGCUACAAACACCACAUUUCCAAAGAUCUACAGCAGUUGUAGCUCCCCAGCACACAGUCCCAGCUGCUCAGAUAGUAAUAAAAACUGCUGACAUGAUGAUUAUUGUGUACAAAUAAAGCCAGAGUUAUCUGCACAGACAGAUUCCACUAGGGAAGAGUAACAGUAGCUCCUGUUUAUUUCUGAGGUAACUUGGGUGAGCGUUUGGCUUUCGAGCCACUUUGCUGACCACAGUGUGUGGGAAAGGUCUAAUGGUCUCCAACUGUGAAGGGAACAUGCUGCUUCCUGUUUUACUUUUACCUCCCAGUGUUUGUCAGUGGUCAAGAUCACUUUUAUUCUGUGGCUGUUUCUUCUGUUUGGACAGGCGAACCAAACUAACAGGCAACAUUUUGAGGCAAGGGAGAUGAGCAAUACUGCCAGCAACAGCAAUAAAAGUUGGAGACUUUUUGGGAAGUAAUCCAUGUAAAUAAUAUAAGCUGCUUGGAAGCAUAGAAACAGCUGAGAAGCGUUGACUGUCCAUGUUGCCUCAACAUGUGCCAGUUUGGUGAAGUCUGAAACUGCCUGGAUAAUGAAUGUGAUCAUUUGAGAUUUGCAAAAGUUUUGAUUGCCAAAAUUUAAAAAACUGUAGUGAAGCUUGAGCCUGAAGAUGUUAUGUACACACACUGUCACGUCUCUCCUGCUGCCAGGGCUUAUCAAUAAAGAAUCAUAAUGGUA